AUGUCGAAACAAUUUGUCAGAUCUGCGAAGAAUCUGGUGAAAGGGUACUCCUCUACCCAGGUGCUGGUGAGAAAUGCAACGUCAAACGACAACCAUCAAGUGUCCAAGGACUCUUUAAUUGAGCUGGCUGAAAAGUCGUAUGAUAGCGCAGAUUUUUUUGAAAUCAUGGAUAUGCUGGACAAGAGACUUAACGACAAGGGCAAAUACUGGAGGCACAUCGCAAAGGCCUUAACCGUAAUAGACUAUUUGAUUAGGUUUGGUAGUGAGAACUGUGUUCUUUGGUGUAGAGAAAAUUUGUACAUUAUCAAGACGUUGAAGGAAUUCAGACACGAGGACGAUGAGGGCGUAGAUCAGGGUCAAAUCGUAAGGGUUAAAGCUAAGGAAUUGACUGCAUUGCUAUCCGAUGACGAAAGACUAAAUGAGGAAAGGAAUAUGAAUAUCAAGGGAAGAAACAGGAAAGGAAGAAGGAGAAGAGGAACUGGGCGCAGUGACGAGAAGGAUGAUGACUUACAAAGAGCUAUUGAUGCCAGCAGAAUGACGGCGGAGGAAGACGAAAGAAGAAGAAAACAAGACGAGGAUUAUGAAACUGCUUUGCAAUUGAGCAAAGAAGAAGAGGAGCUGAAAAGAUUGCAAGAUUUACAAAGAAUGCAACAGCAGCAAGCCCAACAACAACAGCAACAACCUAUGUACUAUGAUAUCUUUGGUAACCCAAUCACACCCGAGGAAUAUGCCCAAUUUCAGUUGCAACAGCAACAACAACAACAGCAGCAGUUGCAACAGCAACCGAUGUACUACGACGUAUUCGGGAACCCUAUAACACCCGAAGAACUAGCACAGUUUCAGCAACAACAACAACUACAACAACAACAACAACAGGAACAACAGUACUUCGCUUCUAUGCAGCAGCAGCAACAGGGAAUGCCCAACAACCCGUUUGCCAAGUCCGAACAAGAACCUAGUUCACAAAAACAGGACCAACUAGCAACAACAGCUUCAUCGUUGCAACAGCAACAACAAAAGCAACCAGAGCCACUAACUCAAAACAGGACAGGCAAUCAAUCAAUCACGGACAAAUACAGUAGAUUAAACGAGCUACUGGCCGCGGGAACAGGCAUUGACACAUUCGGCAAUGAAGGAGAGGCUCGUAUUCCUGCUCAACACACGAAGACAGGGACAUUCAUUAAUUCUCAAGGAACGGGCUAUAGGCAAGUAUCGAACGAUCCAAAUCAUAAUCCGUUUUUAAACAGUCAAUAUACAGGUUUACCAAGUACUAACGUCGUACCAACACAGACAGGUUAUGGCUUUGGUAACCAGCCUCAACAGCAAUCUCAAAAUAAUGGCUCAAAUAAUCGGGGAUAUACUCUAAUUGAUUUAUGA